GCAGCUGGGGCCAAGAUGGCGGCGGUGUGGGUGCAGAAGGGGAUCCCGGCUGGGAGGUUUCUUGUAGCAGCCCUGCUUUGCCUCGUUGGCCGCCUUCUCCCCGCCACAGAAGCCUCCGGCCAGAUAGACGCCGGAGCUGCCGGCCCCGCGCCGCCACACCGGCGGUUCGAGUACAAAUACAGUUUCAAGGGGCCGCACUUGGUGCAGGGGGACGGGUCGGUGCCUUUCUGGGUGCACACGGGCAAUGCUAUACCCAGCGCUGAUCAGAUAAGAAUAACUCCAUCAUUAAAAAGUCAGAGGGGAUCAGUAUGGACAAAAAGCAAGUCUAUAUUUGAAUACUGGGAAAUUGAAGUGACCUUCCGAGUGACAGGGAGAGGACGAGUAGGAGCUGAUGGACUGGCCGUCUGGUUUACAGAAGAACAAGGCUUAGACGGUCCUGUUUUCGGAGCAGCUGAUAACUGGAAUGGAGUUGGCAUCUUCUUUGACUCAUUUGACAACGAUGCAAAGAAAAACAACCCAGCGGUGAUCGUUGUUGGCAACAAUGGCAAGCUCCAUUAUGACCAUCAAAAUGAUGGUUCCACGCAAGCCUUGGCGUCGUGUCAAAGAGACUUUCGUAACAAACCUUACCCUGUUCGAGCAAAGAUCACAUACUACCAAAAGACGCUGACUCUAUUGAUCAACAAUGGAUUUACUCCAGACAAAGAAGACUAUGAGUUUUGUGCCAAAGUAGAAAACAUGGUGCUUCCUUCAAAUGGAUACUUUGGGAUCUCUGCAGCAACUGGUGGACUUGCAGAUGACCAUGAUGUCUUGUCCUUCCUGACUUUCCAGUUGACAGAGCCUAGCAAAGUCGCGCCUCCCCCUGAUACAGAAAUUCCCGAAAAGGACAAAGAAAAAUAUCAAGAAGAGUUUCAGCAUUUCCAGCAAGAGCUGGACAAAAAGAAGGAGGAAUUUCAGAAGGAACACCCUGACAUGCAAGGGCAGCCUACGGAUGAUCUCUACGAGACUGUGAGUGAUCGUGAGCUUAGGCAAAUCUUCGAAGGCCAGAAUCGAAUUCAUCUUGAAAUAAAGCAGCUCAACAGGCAGUUGGACAUGAUUCUGGAUGAGCAGAGGAGAUACGUCUCUACAGUGACAGAAGAGAUUUCCAAAAGAGGAAGUGGUGUCCCAGCACAGCCAGGCCAGGUCUCCCAACAAGAGCUUGAUAAUGUUGUAAGAACUCAAGAGGAGGUCCUGAGACAAGUCAGCGAAAUGAAGAACUCUGUGGGAGAAACACUGAGGCUUGUCAGUGGUAGUCAACAUCCUGGCUCUGCUGGUGGAAUCUAUGAAACAACCCAGCACUUCAACGACAUCAAGGAGCAUCUCCAUGUAGUAAAGAGGGACAUCGAACAUCUAGUCCAGAGGAACAUGCCAUCAAAUGAAAAACCUAAAUGUCCAGAGUUGCCACAGUUCCCAUCAUGUUUAUCAACAACACACUUCUUUAUAUUUGUAACAGUCCAGACUUUACUGUUCAUCGGUUACAUCAUGUAUAGGACUCAACAAGAAGCUGCAGCCAAGAAAUUCUUUUGAUGGCCAGUCUGUGUGCAUCUGGUGUGCGCAUGCAGAUCGUUACAGGAGUUGCAGAUGAGGGAAACUUUAGUGUUUAAAAUGCUUCAAUAUUUUAAAUUAUUGAGUGUUUACUGAAUACGCUGAAUUUCAGAUAAAAUGUAAAAUUGACAAUGACACUGAGAAAGAAAUGAGACCAGUUCUGCCCUUGCGUUUCCAGGAGAUGUUGGAAUAUGCCCCCUAAUUCUACUGUCGAUAUACUUCCCAGGCAGAGAACUGGGAUUGUGGUCCUGCUCGCACUGAUUAUUACAUUAUCUGAUUUUGGGUGGGCAGUGGGCGGGAAGAGCUGCUGUAAAACAUUUGUUACAUAUCAGAAUUAUUUGGGGUUGAGAAACCUUAAAAUUGCAUUCCCCUUCUGUUUUAUGGAAAGAGGUUGCAAAACUAGCAUUCAUACCUUGGGCAAGAUCAGUCUGGUAUGUUGCAAGCCCACCUUCAAGAAUAUGCAAAAAAAACCAGUGAUCAGCAGAGACAUUUAAUCAAAAGGUCUUCAGUGGAUCAACACUAGGUGGGAUUUCCUUGUGUGGCGACAACGGAAGAAAACAAGUCUGCCAAAUACUGUAGUCCUUUCAAGCAUGUUUUGGUAUAGUUCUUCUGAAACUGACCAUACUUUUGUAAAAGUGUUCUUUAACCUCUCUUCAAGGAAGAGACCUUAGCUUGCAUGACUUUUUAAAAUUAAUCUGAGUUCAGAGUAUACGAUAUAGUGGUGGUCUUCUUUGAGCAAUGUUGAAAACCAUGCCGAUCCUGCAGUGAACUCUUUAGAAUGUUCUCCAAAAUGUUGCAUACCUUCACCUGGAAACAUUGUGAGUGCACAUUAACCGUUUUCUUACAAACUGGCCCAUUGCUGAUCAUCCCUGCUUUUGCUGUACAGGUGUUGUUUAUAAUCCGCUUAAAGUUUUUGGUGCCUCUCUGCCUUAUCAUGUAAACACAUUAAAUGGGAAUUCCCACGCCCCAGCUGAAAAUACAGAUUUAGUCUUGCCUUGUUUACAUCUUGCAAUUUGCCCUUGUUGCCUUGCAAGUUGUAUUCAAAUGGCUGUGGAAAUUGUAGGCCUUCAAUAGAAUUUAAAUCAGGAUUUCUAACAAUGUUUGACUUUAAGAAUUCUAUCCAAUGCUGUUCUUUUGCUUGUGGAAAGGUUUUUGGGCCUGUGAACCUCCAUGAGGGGAGUGAGUUUUGCCACUCCCCAUUUGUCCUUUGACCCAUCACACCACCUCUGACUUUGCCAGAGGAUUUGACAACCAUCUGGAGCGGGGAGGGGAGCAAUGGGGACUGCAGAGGAAAUAUGCAAUCAGCAAAAACUCCCUUCUGUUCACAGGAGUUCUGCAAACGGAAGGACAGUAUAGGAAUCCACCCUGAACAUUUUUCAAAAGGCAGCAACAGUCUACCACGCUCAGUAUUACAUAUGUUGAAGGCACAUUACCUUUGUCAGCUUGGAAGAAUUGAGCAAAUCUAUGCAAUAGUUUUCUCCUCAAAAUGUGGUCUCCCCACUUCCCUCCCUGCCAUGACAUCAGUAGCAUUAUGUGCUGAAUUGUAGGUGUUUCUCAUCAGGCUUUUAUUUACUGCUUGUUGAAGGACCUGCUGCUCAAAACUUCAGUUCAUAAUAUGCAAGUAAGGACAAAUAAAACAUCAGCGGCAGCAUUUUUAACUAACCAAAAUCAUACAAGAGGGCAAAUUAGCCUGCUCAGAUUCACACCAGCAAGUAUUUUUACAGGUGCCUUGGACUAAAUGAAAUACAUAAAAGCUACUGUUCUUUUUUUUUUAUUAAAAAAAGGAACAUCUGCUCAAGGUUUGCUCCCACCAGCACCAAAGAAAGAUACAGCUUCUACUGCAGAAAGACUUUUCAAUGUUUUUUAUGCUGAAAGAACUGAUUUCAGUGAAGUGUUUCUUUCUGAAAUAUAGUUGGAGAAACGAGAAUCUGCUUGUAGACGACAUCGCUUAUCUUCUUUCAACAAAAUGUGAAUCUUCCCAUCUGUGAUGCAUUCAAUUUGAGAAUUAAAAUAUUGAAGCAA